AUGGAGAACUGGCAGAAUGUUCGGCAUGAAUUGCGCGAUGUUUCACGUAAGUUUAUAUUGUUUUAGGCCGAAAAAGUCGCUAUUUUGUUUUCUAGUUGAUUUAAUUUUUUCUAAAACACAACUAAAAUACAUCUUUUUUUCUUUUUAAAUUGUAUGUUAAUUUUAGUUUUUAAACUCUAACUUUAAAAUAUUUUUUGUAGAUCUGGACGAAACGGAAGGUCUAAAACCCGAAGUUCUGCGACAAUGGUUCAUAAUUGCAGCAACCAGUUUAGAUAACAAUUUGAGGGUAAAAGUUGAGGAAGCUUUACAAAAGUUAAGCAGGAGUAAGUAGUUGUUCUUCUUUGAUGGAUUUUAUGUUUAGGACAUGAGACAGUGGUAUUGGUCUCUCAAUUGAUUCGGACAGAUAAUGAUAUGAAUGUUCAAGUGUUUGGAGCAACGUAUUUAGCUAAUAAUGUUGACAGUUUUGUUGAUAUUUUACUGGAGAGCGAUAACAUGGAAGAAAGUGUAAGAAAAAUUGGCUUAUGGGUGUUGUUGGCAUGGAUAACAUAUGCCAAAAACUUGUGUAUGUAUUAAAACUUAUUAUUUUUUCAGUUAGCAACGUUGAAGGACAUUCUGGGCUAUGGUUUAAGCACCAACGAUAUGCCCUCGAACAUCAGGGCUAUAUUGUUGAAUGGGUUUUUCUCUUUUUACUUUUAAGGUAAUGCCUGAUGUAUGGGAAAACGCAAUCGACGAAAUAUUGCUCAGUCAAACCAAUCCACGUAAUGUAUUGGAGUAAGUUGGUAAUAUGUAUAUUGUAGUAGGUAACUUUGUUUUAAAUAUUUUGUAAUUUAUCUUAUUUCACUUUUUUACUUGGGGAGUAAAUAUAGUUUACUUUUUUGCUUAUUUAGGGUGCUAUCGAAUGUCUACCGCAACAUUUCACAACUUCAUCAGUCGUUUUCGGUUAAGCGGAGUCGAUCGGACCAUAUAACUAAGUUCAACCAUCGUAUCAUGUCGUUUGUUUAUCAAGCAAUUCAAGAAUCAGAAGAUGAAAAGUUGUUUGAAUGUGCUGCAGAACUAAUAAAAAACUUUUGGACUUUAAAUGGAGUUGAAUUGGAUACAAUGUGGCCGAUUGUAGAAAUGUUGUUUGCUAGCGGAAAAGUUAAUUACAAGUAAGUAUAAGUAAACGUUGUAUGUAUAUAAAUAUCGUUGAUCUUGUUACUUUUUCUUCGUCUAAUAAACGCAUUUUCAGCACGGUCGUCCACCUAACAACUGGAAUUCGGUUAUUUUUACCUAAACAGCAUCCUAAACUAACCUCUCAAUUUACAACGUACCUCAUAGCUUUUUCCAGGGAAAAAUUGAUGCCAGUGAUGAAACGGUCUACUCAUGAAGCUCUAACGGAUGACAAAAUAAUUGAUAACAGUGAACCGAUGGAGUGUAAUGCUGAAAUUUGUGAUUUUUAUGGGUUUUUACUUUCAAACUUGGCCAAUGUUGCCUUUUCCAGACGCAGCGAAGGAGAAUCCUAUCCUCAGCUUGAUUUCAUUGUGGAGUGAGUGCUGAGGCUUCUGGUUUAUUUGAAUUUUGUUUAAAAAUUAUUUAAAAUGAUGUUUGAAUACAAAUUUUUGGUGGUCAUACGAGAGAUAGUUUUAUUUUGUUUUUUAGGAACAUCUUUAAUCACAUGGUCAAAUUAAGUAAUCUUGAAGGCAAACCCGGUUCUGUAGACCAAUUUUCCGAAGCAGCAGGAAUGUUUUACAACAGAAUGUACGAAGCUUUGACUAAUGUUAUUUAUAAUGUUGGUCCAGAACGAAGGAAAAAACUGGGUGCAGCUUUGGAGCCUGCUUUAUCACCUACAUUUGUCAAAAGUCGAGUUGGACCAGCCGAUAUCUACGAUGACGAAUUAGAAGCAAUAGAAAGAUAUAGGGAAUAUAUGGAAGAUUUGGUAUUGAUUAUGGACAUGUUGAGCGAUCAUAACAUAAUUUCGGUCAUGUUUGAUGAAUUGGCUAACGUUAGUAAUGAUAUUGGUGCUGAUGCUAGCGUUAGGAUAUCACGGUAAGUUGAAUUAUUAAUUUUUUACGUAAAAAUCAAUUUUUUGUAUAAAGCAUUAAGGGAAGUUGACAUUUUUUCGAAAUUUGAUGCUUUUUAUGACAUUUUUUCAUGUUCCUGUUCUAUUCAACCGUCCAAAUAUUUCUUUUUAGGAUCACAGUAAUAUACUUUUACCUCACUAGCUUAGAAUCCAUACCUACGGACAAACUCUUACCUCAAGCAAACGUUUUAAGCGACACGCUAAUCCUGAUCGGUAGUUUAGAUGUGUCAGAAGAUGAAAAAGGUUAUUGUUUAUGUUAUUUUUUGGCGUUUAUUAGCUCAUUGAUUGAGAAAGACGUAAACUACGCACCAGUGGUGGCAGAAUUCUUUGAGUUUUUACACCCUCACAUUAGAAGCUUCCUACGGUAUCCGAAGGCACAGAACUCGGCUUUGAAGCUUAUUUUUACUUACUCGAAACAUUGUCAAGUUAAAGAAGUGAGUUAGUAUUUUAAAAUCUAAAUUUAAAUCUAUUUAAACUUAAGUAUUAAUACUAAUUCUGACAUUUUUAGUUUGCCGUCAAAGACCUAUGUGAAGAUAUGGUACAUUAUGCAUCAACGAACCGAGAUCCAGCUAUUCAAAAAAUGGUAAUGGCGUCAUUGUUGAACUUUUUAUGCGUUGAACCCGCUGAACAAGAAUCAAAGGCCGAUCAAAUAGCCAUAUUCAUACUAGAGUUUAUUGAAUCACGUUGUGAACGAUGCGUACAGAUUAUGCAGGAAGUUACAGUUGCAACUCUUGGUGCAUUUAGAGACCAAAGUCAGAUUAUUGGGUUUUUGGGACAAAAUGCGAAUGCAAGUAAGGAGCAUUUUUUAAUUUAAUUUUUUGGAUUUUUUAAAUCGUUUCUUUUUGUAUUUUAACAAGACUUUUAGAAGCAAAAGAAGUGGCAACUCCGUUGGUUACGAUUUUGUGUGAUUACCUAAUCAAAUUGUUCCAGUUGAAUGUGCCAGAACCCGAUCUGGUUGUAGUAAGUUUAUUUUUUGUUCGAACAUUAUUUUAAUGUUACUUUAAUGUUUUUUAGUUUUCGAAUCCAGUGGGUGCAAUGGUGGACAUACAUUCCGUCCGAAAACUAGCCCAUUAUCAAGCGGACUACGCUUUCAGGUACCCUGAUGUUUAUAUGAGGGUGUACAAGGCUGCGUUAGAUGUAAGGGUUUUGGAAUUUAUUAAUACUACUGUAACAUUAUGUUAACAUAACUUUCUAAACUUCAGUUGGGACAAGAAUUUGUGGUUUUUGAAUUAAUUCCGCAUAUUUCGGAUCUGGUAGCACUUGUGUUUGACACGACAUUGGAGCAGCCGACAGUUGUAAAUGCAGAAGUCUCGGCACUGGAACUGUUUUGGUUUUUGUUGAAAAAGAAAUACGCGCUUUUCGAAAAAUAUGUGGAGAGUAGAUCUUCCGAAAGCCAACUUAAGGUACGUUGGGACAUGGUUAGGGAUGGAAAGAGGAUUCACAGGACGGGUUAUAAUCGCUUUUUUUAGAAUUUCUUACGAGCUCAAAUUGGACUAUCAUUAAAAACCUUUUUGUACAGCUACAGCGACGAAGCAAUUGGCAAAGGUCUGCGGGUACUACAGUUGUACGUUGCCCUUCCAGAAAAUGUGAAAGCGUUGAUGCCGGAGGGAUACUGUGCUAUGAUUAAACCGAUUUUUAAUCUGGUUUUUUCAACUUUCUUCAGUUGCGGCCAAACUUCGAUUGCUCAGCUUUUGGUAUUUUUGGCCGAAAAGGCUCCGGAUAAUUUUAGGUAAGUUUUUAUAGGCUUUUUUAAGCUAAAUAUAAAUUUUUGCAGUUUUGUGGCAUUUUUUGUCCGGAAGAUUUUUAAAAAUUUUUAUUUGGGUCGCACGUGGCCUUCUCGAGAAUAUCUAUAUUAUUUUUUAUUGUAGAAACACGAUCAACUCUCAAGAGCAACUACAACACAUUGACGAAAGGAAACUUCUCCUUGGCAAACCGUCAAAAUCCUUGUUUUUGAAAUACUUUUUGAAAUGGAAUGCAAAUUUCCUCAAAGGACUGCCUGUGAACUCUUAA